AUUCACUGUAAGUUGUAGUUUUCCCUAGAAAGUGUGCAAAAAAAAAGGUGAAAUGAUUAAAUUUUCAAUUUUAACUUUCCUCAUUUUGGGAGUUACUUAUGGAUUUUCAAGGGAUUUCAGCAGCAAGGAUGGUUUUAACCCUCUCAAUGUGGUUGAUAUGAUUGUAACAAAAGGAUAUCCAGUUGAGUCCUACGAAGUUCAAACAGAAGACGGCUACUUGCUCACUAUGCAUCGUAUUCCGUAUGGAAAAACUAAUGAAUCAGGACCUGCUCCUAAUAAACCCGUUGUAUUCCUUCAACAUGGUUUACUCUCAUCAUCUACAGAUUGGGUUGUUAUUGGACCUGACAAUGGUGCUUUAGGAUACCUUCUUGCUGAUGCAGGCUACGACGUAUGGAUGGGUAAUGCAAGAGGGAACGUGUGGUCUAGGAAGCAUGUUUCACUGAAUCCUGAUAAUCCACUUACUCGUCAUCAAUUUUGGGAUUUUAGUUGGCACGAAAUUGCCAUUUAUGACAUUCCCGCAAUGAUUGAUUUCAUCCUCAAAACAACUGGACGGGCGAAACUUCACUACGUUGGACAUUCGCAGGGAACAACUGUCCUAUUCGUCAUGCUUUCCCUUAAACCUCAGUACAGUGAUAAACUUCUGUCAGCUCAAGCCUUAGCUCCGGUUGCCUUCAUGUCUCAUCUUGAGAGCCCAUUUGUUCAGGCUAUUGCACCAUUGGUUAAUCCUCUUGAUCUUCUCACCAAUCUCCUAGGUGUAGAUGAAUUUGCACCUACCAAUGAAGCUUUCGAACUAGGAGGUUACCUAGCCUGUCAAGACGCCUCGCCAAUUCAGGGCUUAUGUUCGAAUAUUUUAUUUCUUAUGUUUGGCUUUGAUCCUCCGCAACUUAACGAGACUAUAAUUCCAACUUUCUUGGCUAACGCACCUGCGGGAGCUUCGACAAAACAAUUUGCACACUAUGGACAACUCGUUAAUUCAGGGAAUUUCUGUCAGUAUGAUUAUGGGUCAGUUACAAAUAUGAUAAAAUACAAAUCCGCCACUCCUCCUGCCUAUCCUCUUGAUCAAAUAACAGCCCCAAUUGCACUUUACUACAGCGACAACGACUGGCUUAGCGCUGUUGUAGAUGUUAUGAAUUUGGUAUCAAAACUUUCCAAUAAUGAUAAUUUUAUUGGAGCCUUCCAUGUUGCCGAUCCAAAUUUCAAUCAUUUGGACUACCUACUUGCUAUUGAUGUAAAGUUUCUUGUAUAUGAUGAUGUUAUUAAUAUUAUUAAAAUUCAUGAUGAGUAGAGAAUAAAAAAAAAAACAUUUUUAUA